AUGGGUGAGGGUGGACGUCGAUUGCAAACAGCUGCGAGGGCUUACGACAACAUUGGUCACAUAAUGGAGAAGAUGAGGUGGGGUGGUGACUUUUAUGGCCGCAAACUCGUUGACACCAUCAUGCUUGAAGGAGAGUGGUGGAUUUGCUUGUUAUCACUGAAAAACCAGGCAGCGGCAGGGUUCAUGAAUAGAAUGGUGAUAGCAAGCGCGUUCAACGCGUGGAACAUGUUCGCAGUAGGCUUAGACUCGAGUCCGGUUCGGUCCGGUUUUUUGAUGCCCAGGGGCGUUAACCGUAACCGUAACCGGUCUGCCUUUUCCCCAGAAGUCAAAAGACCAGACCGGACCGCAAAAAGACCGCAGACCACGCUUCAAAACGAGCCCAAGAACGUUAAAUUCCGUUAG